AUGUCUGUCUCAGAUCUUGAAGUUUCCAUUAGAGAAAAUAAGGAAUCUCUUAAAGAACUUACAGAUCUAUUAUUUUUAAGUCCAGAAGAUCUAGAGUUGAAAAAACUUGCUCAAGAUUUGGAACUUUUUAUAUCAAAACAAGAGGAGAAAUUAUUACAGUUGAAAAAAGAAGAGUUGCUCAGAUUAAUUGGGUGUCAACCUGAAACAUCUUCAAAAGAAGAAGUGUGUUGUAUUCCAUUUAUCCAUCCAGACUAUCAAAAAGUUUACUUUCUUCCAGCAAUAAUUCUCACAAUUAAUAAAGAAGAAAAUACUUGUAAAGUUUUAAUAUUAACACCAAUAACAUCAUCCACUAGGAUAUGUGAAAAUUUUCUUGCUAACCAAUGUACUACUGCUAAACUAUGUUCCAAAAAUUUUUCACAUGGCGAGGAGGUUACUUUGGAACUUUUGGCACCAUAUGAAAUUUUAGGUGCUGGUGGUGUAGAUUCAUACAAAAUUGGUAAAAAAGUUUGGGCCAAAUAUAAUAAAGAUAAUGUAUGGUAUAUGGCAAAGCUUGUAGAAAUUGGUUCAAAUGGUCGAGGAUUUAAAGUAAAAUUUAAAGGUUAUGAAAAUAAUGGAAUAGUAACAGGUGAAGGAUUAGGUAAAAAUGGCGAAGGAAUUGUUAACCCGAUUGAAGUAAAAUUAAUUAAUAAAGGCGUUUCACUUGAUUACAUUGACGAUAAAAAAAAGGAUAAAAAUCCAGGAAAACAACGUCGUCAUCAACAACGUAAAUCUGACAGCCCAUAUUCUACAACCCACAGACGUCGUAGAACACGAAAAGAUGCAUCAAUAGAAUUUGGUCCUGAUGGCAAUAUAGAAGCUGAACCAAACAUUUUUGAUUUUUUAAAUGUUUCACUUAACAAAUCGACCAAUAAUAAUAAUAAGACAUCAUUACGGCUUUCUAAUGACAAUGAUGUUGAUGUUGAUGGUAGUGUUGAUAAAGUUAUAAUAUCAAAUUCUAAAUCAACAUCAACUACCAAUAAUUCAUCAGAAUAUUCAUCUCGUCAAAAAUCAGGAUCAAGAAAUAAUAACAUCAAACUAUAUCAAAUCCAAGAACAAUUAAAUAAAACUUCUCAAGAAUUACAAAAGGCAAAAGAUUCAUAUCAGAGAAACAAAAAAGAUCCAACAAUGGCUAAACAUUUUCUAGAAAAUGUAAAUAAAAUCGAAGCAACAUAUUUAGCAUUGAAGAAAAAAGAGCAAGAUCUUCAAAAAGAUCUCGAUAGAGCUAAAGGUCAUAAAAAAAUGAUUUUAUUUUAG